UUAAAUGUGUGUUGUUUGUGGACAAUUAAGACCAACAAUUAACUUCUAAUCAACAGAAGAAAAUGUUUAAUUCAAAGGGAAAGGAAAUGGAAAUGGAAAAGGUGAAAGUCUAUCGUCCAUUUUGAUUUUUUUUAUCUCUUAUAAUUAACUCAAUUUACGUUUAAUUAACUUCUGAUCGAUCAGUAGUUAACUUGUUCUUUUGGGAUAUCAACAGAUUAUAUGGUGAUUAUUGAUUUGCAAGGAUUGGGAAUAACAUCAUUGGACUAUUGUCUGUAUCAUAUUCAUUUGUCUCUCUCUCUCUCUCUCUCUCUCUCUUGUUGUUGUUGUUGGUUACGUGUUAAUUGUUGGAUGAUAAUUAAUGUUAAUAACCACAACAUUGUGUAUCUACUCUUGUUAAUGGUGUUUUAAUCAGCUGCUGCUGCUGUUGCUGCUUCUCUUGGUGUUUUGUUGCUAUUAGGUAACUGCUACUUACUAUUUAACAUUGAUGACAGAGGAGGAGGAGGAGGAGGUGAAGGAGAUGUUGAUGAUAUAAUAACUAUACCGGUGGUGUUGAUGGUUGACAAAAAAAAAGCUACAUUAAUACAAACUGGUUUUGUCUUUGCUACUGUCGGUUUUUCAACCAUUGUCUUCAUUUGUGUAAUACUGUUGCUGAUUGUUGUCUGUUGAUUGUGAUCGGAAACAAUUGAAAUCAACAGUAUGUUUUAUGAUUCCCUCUCAGUAUAAAUCAGGAUAUCAGAAACCCAAAGUUGAUCGAUAUUCUCUCAUCUCUUAACAUUGAAAUGACUUUUCGUUUGUGCCGUUCUCUGUUUUCGGAUUAUUGUAAUUUGAGUAACAACAUGACGAGAUCUCAACAAUCAGAGAGAUUCUCUCACAUUGGUGAUUUUUGUAGGCGAAAAUUAUCAAUUGGUAAUCAACUGAUUAAAAGUGUUAUUCUGUGUUUAUCUGUAUUGUUAAUUGUGUCCACUACUUUGGUUGAUGCUUCACAAAAAUCUAUUUACGUUGACAACAAUUCUUAUAAGGAUAUUGUUAUCUCUUUUGAUCCUGCCAUACAAAUUAAUCUUGUUUCAACUUUAAUUGACAAUUUAGAGGAGAAAAUUCAACAAGUCUCCAAUUCUUUAUACACUGCAACCAAUCAAAGUUUGUGCUUUGGUGAAGUGAUUGUUUUAAUACCUGACCAAUGGUCAGGUAAAAUUGGUAAUCGUCGUAUCAACACAACCAGAACAUUUACUGCCCUGGAUACGGAUAUUUACAUUAAUUCAAAUGGUGCGAGUUUAAAUGAUGAACCGUAUACAGAUCAAUAUGGUCAAUGUGGUGUGGGAGGCAAAUUGAUUCAUUUAUCGCAAGACAUUUUCCUUGAAAAGUCGACCAAUUUUCAGAGUGAAAACACAGCUGAUGAUUCCCCUGUCACCAGUAGUACCCAUUCAACUGCUCGGGUGAAAAGUAUCCUUCACCAGUGGGCCACUUACCGUUAUGGUGUUUUCAGUGAACACAGUUAUCAAAAUGAUAAAUUUAGUCCUGAUUAUACUAUUGAUACCAACUCGGAUCGCCUUAUGACAAGUUGCUCCUCAAGUGUGUCAACAUUUUGCUCAGAAGAAAAUCAUGAUGCCUUUUCACCCACCAAACAAAAUCGUCUCUGUGAUGGAAAAUCAAUUAUUGAGGUUAUCCGUAAUCACCCUGAUUUCAGGAAAACUCAACCGAUUGCUGGCAAUAAGUGUAUCACUAAAUUCACAAUGGUCACUACGAAGCGACCGCGAUUGGCAGUAUUUUUUGACCACUUAACGGGUUAUGAUGAUGUGAUGAUUUUAGAUCCAAUUCGGACACUUUUAGACCAAUAUAAGCCAUUAAUCUAUCAAUUGAAACAAUUUGAAGCUAUUCCUUUAGAAAGUAAAGCCAUAGUUAAGGGUCAUCCGGAAAAUGUACCUGUUUGUUUUGAUUGUGCCAUGGAACAAUUAAGAGGGAAUGUUAAAAACGUGGACGAUUCAAUUACUCACCUUUACAUUGUCACCGCGGGUAAUUUCAGGAUGGAUCGUUUCACUUUGGAAUCAUAUGCUAAAGAAUUGUUAUCCUAUGAUAUCAAGGUUAAAAUUGUCAUCUAUCCUUACAAGAGUGAAAAUAAUUACACUGAUUUAAUGCGUUUCGCUCAAGCGGCCUCAGCUGAAUUGAACGUUGUACCUCAUAUCGACACUAAAAUGCCUGGAUCAACCUACAAUCAGAUAGCAUUUCUUGAAUCACUUGUUCUCUCACGAAAUAAUCUUAAUCCAACAGAUUUAGUUGUCUUAUCCAAAGCAACAACCACAGAUACCGAUAAAUUUACAUUCAAAUUUGAUGUUGAUCAAUCAUUAAUUGAAGCCAAUUACUCAAUUCAAGUAAUAUUACUUUGUCAUUCCUCCGAUGAAUGUGGUAAAAGAGUUGAACAAUCAGUUUAUAUUAACGAUGUUCAGGUCAAAUAUGGUGGUAGAAUAUUGUUAUCUGCUUUCACUACUUACACCUUUACCGCUUACCCUCAACGUCAACAAGAUGGACUAUGGGUGGUUGAAUGGAGUGGACUUAAUCCAAAUGUCGUCUCCUACAUGGUGGCCAUUGCUGUUCUACCUUCAACUACUCUUAUUACUCCACCCAAACAAUCAAUAGCUGCUCCAGUUUUGGAGAGUAACUUUAUAGCAGGUUCCUGUUGGUUAGCCCCCUCUGAGUCGAUAAUAUCAACCACCACCUCCCGUGAUCGUAUCUUUGCCUACGUUUCACUUACCAAACGACUUACUGAAUAUGUACAAAAUGCAUCAGUUUCAAUUGCAUUUUACGAUGAACUUGGUGGCCUUGUUUCGACAGCUCAAAUGGUUGACAAUGGACUUGGAGAUCCUGAUGUUACCCGUGGCGAUGGAACUUGGUCUUAUCUAGUCUCUGAUGUUCCAUCACGUCGAUUCAUUCGAGCUGAAGCGAUCGUUGCCUCGGGUCGGUUUUCCCUAUACCCUGGUAUUGGCGAUCGUCCUUGUUGUGGGUCAUCGGUACCCGAAGAUAAGGUUAUCACAGGUUACAAGUUUCUUAAUCGAGUAAUUUCUUGUGGUUCAUUUUAUAUUGAUGAUAUUGCACCAGUCGAGAGUUUUGUCCGAGUCUCUCGAACAUUUGAUUUAACAGUUUCUCUUAUUGAGGAAACUCGAUACAUUAUAAAGGCUGAAUUUAUAGUUCCACACGGUAUCUCAUCUAUCGAAGAAAUUAAAAUCUUCAAUUGGACUGAACGAUCAUUCAUUCGGUCUGAUUUUAAUUCUUAUGGAGUUCGACUAGGAUCGGCAAUCGAACUUGAAUCAUCUGAGUUUGUAAGAGAAUUUGAAAUUCCGAAAGGAACCAUUAUCGUUUCUGGCCCUUAUGUUGUGGCCAUGCAAUUGAAGGAUAUCCAUGGAUCGUAUCAACUUUCAAACUUGGUUAACAUCUAUCUGAAUGGUGAGCCUGAAAUAAAUAGUGAGCCGCCUGGGUCAUUCCUUCAAAAUUCUGAUUCAUCGGAUUUGUUUGAUAUUUUAAAUUCAGCGGCCACCGGGAGUCGGGGAGGUUUCUUCAGUGAUGGUACCAAUGGUGUACUUGGUAUUUGGCAUGUAACCGCAAUUCUGGUUGGAUCAUUUCUUUUUAUUCUUGUAAGCCUUUUAUUCAUAAUUUGCCUUGUCGCUGGUCGUAAACGCCGAGGAUCUGGUUCAGGUCAUCAUUCUGGAAAAGGCAACGUUGACUCAAUGGAUUCUAAAGAUAAUGUAAAAAAUAAACUUCCACCCAGUUCAAUGGGAACAGAUAAUCCAGAUAAAUCUGUAUACAGAUCAUAUUCUGAUGAACUGUUGGGUGUAAAAGGUGGUAACACUGACCUUGGGUCAACUAAUCACUUUGUGACAAGUCAAUCAUCUCAUCAAACACUUAAACACCAACAGAUUUCACAUCAACAAUUAAAUCAUCAUCAUCAAUCACAACAACAAUUGACUCAACAGCAGCAACAACAACAACAACAAACUCAACAACAGUUGAUAAACAAUCAACUAAUUUAUCAAAAUGAUUCCUCAAAACUAAUGGAUGAAAGUAUUAAAGGGAUAAGUCCAAUUGAUUCAAUUCCAGCCAAUAAAUUGUUAUCACAUUACGAUAAAGUUAAACAAGCUAAACAACGUAAUGAACCUUUACCCGUCAUGAGAAUCGAGGAUAUUGUUGAUCUUGGCUCUAUUCAUAAUGUUUCCUCUGUCUCAGAUAAUGAUUCAAGGUUUCGAGGAUCGGUAACGGGAUUACCCGAUGAACCCUAUGUUACCAUGGCCAAUGAUUUAAACACAUGGAGAUAUCCAACUCCAGUUGUUGAUCAAUAUCAAUAUUGUUACACUCCCCAAACCAACUAUGUGCCUCACACUAAUAAUAUCAAUAAUAUGCCGAGCGGUGUAAUCGCCUGGCGUAAUUCAUACGAUGGUUCAGAAACAGCGUCCGAUUAUGAUCCAAGAUAUGGGACAGUCGAUAAAUCAACAACGGCUGUAUCACAAGUAUGACUAUAAGAUAGUGUAAAGAAAUUGUAAAUCAUCAUCAUCAUCGUCAUUAUCAUCAACCCACCUCAUCAUCAUCAUCUUUCAAAUCAAUGGACAUUUUUAUUUACAUUUGGAUGAAUAAAAAAUAGUCUAUUUCCUGAUUUAAAUUAUCACGUGGAUAAAUUAGUUGAAAUUAGUAUUAAUUUACACACGACUGAUUCAUAUUUCCAAGAGCUUUUUACUUUUCUCUGUGCUAAUUUAACAAACGUUUUCAGCACUUUCAUCAUCCAAAUCAAAGGCCAUCAAUGAAUUCGAGUUGAUUUCUGGUCACUUUAAGCCUUGAGUCAUAAACAAACAAGAACCAGAAUCGAAUUCAUCACUUUUCUCUCUCUCUCAUUCUCCCUCUCUCCCUGUAGCAUGUCACUGUCAAAACAGAAGCUCCCUUGUAACAUAUUAGUUUGAUUACACUUUUGAAAUUUUUCCGCUUUUCAUAUGCAUUAUACAUAAAUGAUAAAUAACAAUUAAACCAAAGAUUUUGAACAAUUUCCAUGUUGCGCCACAAAAAAACGUCCAUCAUUGGAUAUUGACCAUCAUCCCCACAACAUCAAUCCAAUGGAUGGAAACCCUUUUUUCCUAUGGACACUUCGAAUGAAAAAGGAAAGAUAAACUUGUACCUUCGAACUGACGAACUUUGCAAAACACAAUCAUCUUUUCUUACACAUGUAUUAUCAAAAUUAGAAAAUAAUAUUCGAUUUUGUAAAUAAUUGUACAUCUAAUUCUUGACCUCAACAACUUUUUUUUUCUUUUCUGCGAUCAAAACAAAAAUAAUAUAAUAAAAUUUUUCUACAACAAUUUAGACCAAUCAAAA